AGCAGCAAGUUCUCCUUCAAAAGUGCCUCCAACAGCUUCUCCAAAACGCACCAGACCUACGGGCUGGAGUCCGGGUUUUGCACCAUCCCUCGCGUCCCUCGCUUGGAAAAGGCCCAAGAGAGCUCCUACCCUGGGGAAACAGAGCUGACGCGCUCAGACUCCCUGCUCUCCUUCCGCCUGGACCUGGGGCCCUCCCUCAUGAGCGAGCUCCUCCAGGUCAUGAGCUUCUCCGAAACCAACGGGAGUGAGGUGGGGGAGAACAGCCCAGACCUCCUGUGCAGUGAGGGGACCAGGGAUGGUGUCCCCCCAUCCUCCACACUGGGAGAGGACAAGGCAAUGUCCAGCUUCUGGGACCGCUCUGGGCAGAGCAGCCUGUCGCGGGCCAGCUCGCUGCCGGGACUGUCAGUCCAUGCCAACGGAGAGGCACACACCAUCGAGGGCACCAGAGAGGACCCUGCCUGGGCCUCAGGGCUGGGGACAUCACCCAGAGGGACACCGUGGCAGGGCCAUUGGAACGACUGCACCAUCGAGGCAGGAGAGUUUGACCGGGCAACACAGGUCCUGGCCCGUCACUAUGGUGGGACCAGCACCCCACGGAGCUCGGAGACAGGUGAGGGUCCCCGGCAGGCCCGGACGCAGACCCUAUGGGAGAGCCCGUCAGAGGGAACGGGGGGGAGCCGAUCCCCUGAGGUCACCUGGAACCAAGGAGAUGAGGAUGAGGAGGAUGAGGAAGAGGCCACGUUCUCCAGCCUGCAGGAGGGGUACGCUGGUGCCCGGGGGGGGCGCAGCAACUCCUUCGAGUACGCUGAUGAGGAGGAGGACGAUGAAGUCAAGGUGUGA